GCCGGUCUCGGCGUGUUCCGGCGGGCGGGUGUCCGCGCGGCGCUGCGCGGCAGCCCGGAUGGCGGCGGUGCCGGUGUACGUGUACAGCCCGGAGUACGUGGCCCUCUGCGACUCCCUCUGCAAAGUGCCCAAGCGGGCCAGUAUGGUGCAUUCGUUGAUUGAAGCGUAUGCCCUACUUGACCAGAUGAAGAUAGUCAAGCCAAAAGUGGCCUCCAUGGAGGAGAUGGCCAGCUUCCACACAGAUGCCUACCUGCAGCACCUACAGAAGGUCAGUGAGGAGGGAGACGAUGACCAUCCGGAGUCUGUGGAAUAUGGACUGGGUUAUGACUGUCCAGCUACUGAAGGGAUCUUUGAGUAUGCGGCAGCUGUGGGAGGAGCCACCAUCACUGCAGCGCAGUGCCUGCUGGAUGGCAAGUGCAAAGUAGCCAUUAACUGGCCUGGAGGGUGGCAUCAUGCAAAGAAAGAUGAAGCUUCUGGCUUCUGUUACCUGAAUGACGCCGUCUUGGGCAUCCUGCGACUGCGCCAGAAAUUUGACCGUGUCCUUUAUAUCGACUUGGAUUUGCAUCAUGGGGAUGGAGUUGAAGAUGCCUUUAGCUUCACCUCAAAAGUGAUGACUGUUUCUCUGCAUAAGUUUUCACCAGGAUUUUUCCCAGGCACUGGGGAUGUGACAGAUGUUGGCCUGGGGAAAGGUCGCUAUUACAGCGUGAAUGUACCCAUUCAAGAUGGCAUUCAGGAUGAGAGAUAUUACCAGAUCUGUGAAACUGUGCUAAAGGAGGUGUACGCUGUGUUCAACCCGGAUGCAGUUGUGCUGCAGCUGGGAGCAGACACCAUUGCUGGGGAUCCCAUGUGCUCUUUCAACAUGACACCUGAGGGCCUGGGCAAGUGCCUGAAGUACGUCCUGCAGUGGCAGCUGGCGACGCUCAUCCUGGGAGGAGGAGGCUACAACCUUGCCAACACAGCUCGAUGCUGGACAUACUUGACUGGGGUCAUCCUUGGGAGAACACUGUCUUCUGAGAUCCCUGAUCACGAGUUCUUCACAGAAUAUGGUCCGGAUUAUGUGCUGGAGGUCACACCGAGCUGCAGACCAGACCGCAAUGAGCCACAGAGAAUUGAAGAAAUCAUUAACUCAAUCAAAGGGAACCUGAAGCACGUUGUUUAGCAGAAAAAGAAGGUUCAGGUUUCUGCAAGAGCAUUUCCUGUGGGGAACAUGGUGUGUUUAUGUGAGCAGCUGGUGAAAUUAGUGGCUGUCGGGGAAGUCUGGAAGAAAUUGCUGGUGGUCAGUGUCGUUUUUCUCUUCAAAGAAGAAAAGCUGCUGUGCACCAUGGGCACUGUGACUCUUCCCAGGCAGAAGUCUGGACCCUGGAGCCACAGGUUUCCAGUGUCUGCAGAGCCUCCCUUGCUCCUUCCUCUUUCCUUCUUCAACACCACAGAGUUUAUUCUCACAACUAGUUUUAAAUGUUUUUAAGAGAGCUGUGACCCAGGUCCAGCACUGCAUUGCCCUGGGGGUGGGAGCACUGCCUCUACACUACCCUGCUGGAGACAGGCCUAGGUCCUGCUAGGGCAUGGGGCACAGCCUGUGUCUCUGCCCAGGGAGGGGCACAGCCAGGCUGCUUUUAACUGGGACUUGUUUUUUUAAUAAAGUAUUUGAAAUCCUCCUCAGCCCUUCCCUUUCCUCCUGCGCCGCAUUGUCCUGCUAGUGCUCUUUUUCCACAGCACUUCAUGCAUUCGGUGCUUAAGGCAGCACGGACACCCCUGCCCUGGGCCAUGGUGUUUUCCAGGGAUGCUCUGCAGAGCAUCAAGGGAUAUGCGUGGCAGCUCUUCUCCUGGGAGAUCUCGCAUGAACACCCCAGCACCCUAGGAGAGCUGCUGCUUGCAUCUCAGCAAGGGGAGAGUUACACAUGUCUAUGGGGCCUUGGGCUGUGAAACCUGCCUCUGCUGCUGCUCUCCCCUCCUUCAAUGGGCCUGCAGAGCAUUUUAUAUGUGGUGUUUCUUGUUAAAGAUAUUUGGUCACUGUGGGAAAAGUAUAUUUCCUGUGGCUUUAACUAGAAUAUGCUGGAAUAAAUAGGAAGACAAAGGGA